CUUGGUGCAGCCCAGGCCGGGCGCUAGAGGCGGGAGGAGGAGCUGCGGCUGUAGCCACCCGGGUAGGUCUGCACCGCGGGAAGCUGCCGACGACCGCGCGGGCUGUUGCUGGUCCCCGCGUGGAAGAGGCGCGGGCGGCCCCGGAGUCAUGGAGCCUAGUGACGCGGCGCAGCCCGGUCCAGGGAGGGCUAUUUGGGCGCUGUCGCCGCGGCUGCUGCUGCUGCCACUGUUGCCGGUGCUGCUGGGUCGGGGGCUGCGGGCCGGGGCCGCGGCCUCCUCCUCUGGGGCGGCGGCUGAGGACAGUAGCGCCAUGGAGGAGCUCGCCACUGAGAAGGAGGCGGAGGAGAGCCACCGACAGGAUAGCGUCAGCCUGCUCACCUUCAUCCUGCUGCUCACCCUCACCAUCCUCACCAUCUGGCUCUUCAAGCACCGCCGGGUGCGCUUCCUGCACGAGACCGGGCUGGCCAUGAUCUAUGGGCUCAUUGUUGGAGUGAUCCUGAGGUAUGGAACCCCUGCUACCAGCGGUCAUGACAAGUCACUCAGCUGUACUCAGGAAGACAGAGCCUUUAGCACCUUAUUAGUGAAUGUCAGUGGGAAGUUCUUUGAAUACACUCUGAAAGGAGAAAUCAGCCCUGGCAAGAUCAACAAUGUGGAGCAGAAUGACAUGCUGCGGAAGGUAACAUUUGAUCCAGAAGUAUUUUUCAACAUUCUGCUGCCUCCAAUUAUUUUCCAUGCUGGAUACAGUUUAAAGAAGAGACACUUUUUCAGAAAUCUUGGAUCGAUUCUGGCCUAUGCCUUUUUGGGGACGGCUGUUUCCUGCUUCAUUAUUGGAAAUCUUAUGUAUGGGGUGGUGAAACUCAUGAAGAUUGUGGGCCAGCUCUCUGAUAAAUUUUACUACACGGAUUGUCUCUUUUUUGGAGCAAUUAUCUCUGCCACUGACCCAGUGACUGUGUUGGCAAUCUUUAAUGAACUGCAUGCAGAUGUGGAUCUUUAUGCUCUUCUGUUUGGAGAGAGUGUCCUGAAUGAUGCUGUUGCCAUUGUACUAUCCUCGUCUAUUGUUGCCUAUCAGCCAGCAGGACUAAAUACUCACACUUUCGACGCUGCUGCCUUUUUUAAGUCAGUUGGCAUUUUUCUAGGUAUAUUUAGUGGCUCUUUUACCAUGGGAGCUGUAACUGGUGUUGUGACUGCUCUAGUGACCAAGUUUACUAAGCUGCACUGCUUCCCCCUGCUGGAGACGGCGCUUUUCUUCCUGAUGUCCUGGAGCACAUUUCUUUUGGCUGAAGCCUGUGGAUUUACAGGUGUUGUAGCUGUCCUUUUCUGUGGGAUUACACAAGCUCAUUACACAUAUAACAAUCUGUCAGUAGAAUCGAGAAGUCGAAGCAAGCAGCUUUUUGAGGUGUUACACUUUUUGGCAGAGAACUUCAUCUUCUCCUAUAUGGGCCUGGCGCUGUUCACCUUCCAGAAGCAUGUUUUCAGCCCAGUUUUCAUCAUUGGUGCUUUUGUUGCCAUCUUCUUGGGUAGAGCUGCACAUAUCUACCCACUCUCCUUCUUCCUCAACUUGGGCAGAAGGCAUAAGAUUGGCUGGAAUUUUCAACACAUGAUGAUGUUUUCAGGCCUGAGGGGAGCGAUGGCAUUUGCACUUGCCAUCCGUGACACGGCAUCCUAUGCUCGCCAGAUGAUGUUCACAACCACACUGCUCAUUGUCUUCUUCACUGUAUGGGUCAUCGGUGGAGGCACCACGCCCAUGUUGUCAUGGCUCAAUAUAAGAGUUGGUGUUGACCCAGAUCAAGACCCACCACCUAACAAUGACAGCUUUCAAGUCUUACAAGGGGAUGGCCUGGAUUCUGUUGGAGGAAGCCGGACAAAGCAGGAGAGUGCAUGGAUAUUCAGGCUGUGGUACAGCUUUGAUCACAAUUACUUGAAGCCCAUUCUCACCCACAGCGGUCCCCCGCUAACCACCACUCUCCCAGCCUGGUGUGGCUUGCUAGCUCGAUGUCUGACCAGUCCCCAGGUGUAUGAUAACCAAGAGCCACUGAGAGAAGAUGACUCUGAUUUCAUCCUAACGGAGGGUGACCUCACCUUGACCUAUGGAGACAGCACUGUGACUGCAAAUGGCUCCUCGAGCUCCUACACAGCCUCUACAAGUCUUGAGGGUGGUCGGAGAACAAAAAGCAGCUCUGAGGAAGUGCUUGAGCGAGACCUGGGAAUGGGAGAUCAGAAGGUUUCCAGCCGGGGCACCCCCCUUGUGUUUCCACUGCAGGAAAAUGCAUGACUUCCCCCUAAGUCUUGGAGGAUCAGGGAGGCUCUCAUGAGGAUGAGGAUGGCCAAAUGCCCCAGUGUGUUUGAGGUGUGGCAUUGACUGGGUUAAACUAAUACUUCUGUUUCAUUGGGCUCUGAAACUAUCAUCACCAACACUUGACCCAAGACUCAGAUGGUGAAGCUAAAGUGUCUCUAAAUUAAGACAAAGGCAGACCUAUUCCCACUUUUUCAUAUAGUAGUCCGCUGUUUCAGAGUUAAGCAAAAUAAUAGCAUGCUUUUAAUGGUUUCUCACUUCAUCUGCCUGCAGCAUCUAACCAUGGUGGGGCAGAUAAGGGACUUCAACUCUGUGCUGUAGUGCCCAUCUAGCUGGCUUAAGGAGCAUCAAGUUGGAAUGACAAGUUAGACAAAAGACAGUGAAGAAAGGAAACUGAAACCGGAAUCCCGAUGGUACCAUACGCUGGUGUUACCCCAGACAGUAGAGCCCCUGGCUCUGAAGACUUACACAAUUGCAUCCUCCUGUCAGAGUCCUAGCUGUUCUAUCUGUGUUGCUCCUAGACUGAAGAUUAGGAAGCUUGUCCAUAGGCUGGGGCAUUAGCUCAGUGGCAGAGUGCUAGAGUACUUGCCUACAAUGUACAAGACCCUGGGUUCCAUUCCCAGCACUGCAAACAGUGUGUGUGAGGGGUUUCCAAGAGCAUUUCAAUAUGGGGAAAGAAGUCUAGUUCCUUCUCUGUAAGCCUCUAUAAGAGAGUUACUGAAAUGUUUAAAACCAAAGGCAAAUCAUGUUCUGUUCUUCUCUUUUAAUUAAUCUGAGGACAGGAGGUAUUGAGAAACUGAUGAUGAUACCACUGGAACACUCACUUGACUUUGGAAGCUACUAUGUGAGCCCACUGCCUGGAAGGUAACUGAUAGACUGAGGUUUAUCUACCACAGGGUUUGAGAUAACAUGGAUAUUCGCUAGGGAGGAGAAGGCAGGAAGAAAUGGAAGAGGUCCUAGACUAUGGUUAGAGGAAAUAAAUUUCAAUGUGAAAAAAUAACCUGUAAAAAAAAGAUAGAACUCUUUAUUUUUAUUUUACAUAAAUUUCAUUUUAAAACAUCCAAAAGAAGUAAUUUCAAAAUCAUACUAAAUAGAAUAUAGAACUUGCUUUAUUAUAAAUUAUAUAAAUGUAUAUGUUUAGGUAAAGACUGAAUUCCAAUGCCAACUAUUUUUAGGACAAAAACUUCAAUACUUAUAAUUUAUAAUUACUUUCCCAUUGGUACUAUUUUCAGCACCUAGAAGACGAAAAUCAUUCUGAUGCUUUUAUUUCUAUCUGAACUUUUGUUACUAAAAAAUAUAUCCAAAGCCCUUUAAAUGACUUAGCAUUUUUGCUCUUCCAGAGAAGACAGGGAAGUCAAAAACAAAACAAAACAAAACAAAAAACAACAACAACAAAAACAAAUCAGAUUUUUUAAAACUAUUAGAUGACUGGCAUUCUGACCUCUGACCACACCUUCCUUUGUGAAAUUUGAUAACUCCAGGAAUCAAAGAUGACUCAUCUGUUGUGUGUGAGAGUUGGUGUUGGUCAAAGAAUGUCCCCUGUAGCAAUCUUCUUGUGGUCUAGGUCUUGCUGCCAUACUCCACUUCUGAUUUUUGAACCUUUUCUUCCAGCCUGACUUGGUUUACUUUCUUCAGGAAUUAUGUUUGGUAUAUUUAGCUGUGUUCAGACAUAUAGGAUCAUGUCUGGGUAAAGUAGAAAGUGAGGCAGGGCAAGAUUUAGUCAGAUCCAUCAGGCAAACUGGAGAACUUCUGGAUGCAUUCUGAGGCUUCCUUUGCUGUGGCCAAUGAACCUGCCCCAAGAUUGUUCAAAUCAGAACUUCUCCAGAAGGCACUACAGAGCUGCACAUCUUCUGAGUUCUAGUGGUUAAAGGCAGUCCUGUUUUAAAAAGUGUUGCUUUAACCAACUGGCUGUUUCUUAUGGGAUGCCUUUUCCUCCAAUCCCAGAUUGGCUCCUGUAAAGCUUCUUCAUCUAAAAAUUCUUUUCAUGGUGGUGAAGUGGUACGAGCAUCACAUGCAGUAGUGAGCAGCUGCUGGAAAUGCUGUUCUUUUGGUCAUUUCUUUACAUUGUUGAAUCUGUAACUCCAGCUUACUGAGUUUCUUGAAAGUUCAGUCUUGUCGUGAGAUUACAUCUUCAUCAUUCAAAUCUCAGUGUAUCUUGUGUUACUUGGUUAUGACACUUUAUAUGUGACUUCAAUAUUCUGCACUGCUUUCUUGUGUUGUUUUAAGCUGCUCUCUUGAGGUUUUACAGGAAAGGCCCCACAUACUCACCCUGGUCAGCUCCCCAGUGUGAUGAUCUCUGUCUGAGGUAAUAGUUCCUGUAUCAUCUGCCAUUUCUCUGUUUCCUUUUUGGGGGAAAAAAUUCAGCAUUUUCCAUUAGAAUUUGUCCCUGAUGAUUGAUUUGUAACCAUUCAGGUGUAUAGUUUCCUCUUUGUUCCUGGCUUUUGUUUUGCCCAUUCUCUGGGAGCCCAUGUUUGCAGAAUUUGUAAUGGCUGUGGUUGAUUUUCAUUCUUCUUCUUCAUAACAAGUUGAGGGGAACAGGCCUUUAUACUUUCAUGCUCUUUCUUUUCAUGUCAUGGUUGUACUGAGUAGCUUAGCCUGCAACAUUGGCUUGUAGGUUCUGUACCUCAUCUUUCUCAUUUUUAUUGGGUUGGAGAGAUGGCUCAGCCGUUAAAGGCUAGGCUCACAAUCAAUAGAUUCUUAUUCUUGCAUUGUAAGCCCCUAUCUCCUGAAGUCUAGACUUCUCUCCUGGAGGAUUUUAGUUGCUCCCUGAGUUGCUUAGCAGGCCUGCAGAUGGCCCAUAGCACUUCCCAGUUUCAGAUUCUGUGUUUCUAUAUUUUCCUAAGCUGAAAGGUUCCUCCUGUGAGGUACAAGUAGCUCACCCAGAGAGUUCAAAACAGAAACUAACUUAAUUCUCUCUGUGUCUUUUUACUCUUGGAUUCUUCAUAUAAUGAAUGAAAACUAAAAGUAGUCAACUCUUGGUCAAGAUGUAGAACAUUUUAGUCAAUAUUCCCUUCUGUGCAUACUUGGUGAGAAAGACAUUUGCUGUUGAGAAUAAGUUUGAUUGAGACAUCUUUAUUUCCAAGGUAUAUUGAGAGAUACUUUUGCUUUCUGCCAUCAGACCUGGAACUAUCCCAUUCAUCCAGUUUCCAGAGUCAGGGUACCUGAGGAGCUCAUUACAGCAAUGAAAGUCUUAGAAUAGCUGCCAUCAUACAAAUAUCUCCAUUAAGGCCCCAGAGCUGCAGAGUCAAUACCACCUUCUCCAGCAGCCCUAUAUGCAGCACAGACAGCAAAGGAAAUAGUAAGGGGCUGCCUGCUCCUUCUGCACUGUAGACUCCUGUUCUGAUCAGUGAGGUCAGCUGUGCUCCAUAGAAGUCUUAAGACUUAGAACUUCAGACAUUGAACUGAUGCAUGCAUGCAAUAUUAGUGGCUAAAUGAGGAUUCAGAAGCAAAGUAAUGAACAUAACCCAGUAGAAAAUCCUGUCUUCUAUAAGUUUAGGAAUUCAUGUGUCUCUUGAAUAAGUUUAGGAAUUCAUGUGUCAUGCAAAGAGAGGUCGUUUUCUUGGUGGAGAGGCUACUGCAUCAGGUUAAAAUGGACAUGGUUUGAAAUACAGCAUUUCAAUUUAAUUCUUUCUUGAUGAGCUAUUCUAAUUUACUCACUCUUAAAGUAGGUAAAGUAUUGAGAGAAAUCUUAGAGUUUUUUUUCCCAUGUCUUACAAUGCUGGAUGUUUUGGUAACCCGAUUUCUAAAAGAUGCUUUUAUAAUGUGGUGUUUUUUCUCCUCAUUGCAUAAAAAUAGUGCUCAUAAGCACUAGAACAUCAAUAGUGGCAUCACCUAUUUAAUCUUUUUGACAGCCUAGUCUUAGCCUAAUCCUGUUGUGUUCCUCUUAAAGGAUCUUAUAAUCUUCAUUAUUUUGAAACUUGGCCCUGAUCUUUGGUUGCAAAAUGUAGAGAUUCACCCUGACUUCUCAGGAGUUCUCAAAGAUGAAGCUACCUAUAGAAGUGGUUCCACAUUGAAGUGUUGUGCCCAGGCUACAUGAAGAAAAGUAGAGGUGCCACAAAGCCCAGAAACUGCCUGCUUCAAAGCCAGCUAUCUGGAAACCAGACUGGAAUUGCUGAGUAAUGGUCAGGUUUGUCUAAGAAAGUAGUCCAAGUCAUCUUUCAAACCUGUUCAUUCUGAGUUGAGGGUGAUGACAGCUCUGAGGACUGGAAUAUUCUAGAUCAGGCAUUCUGAACUCAGACUGCUUAUUACCUUUGGUCUUUGAUUUAAAAAAUUCAAGGUUGAGGAUUUGGCUUAGCUAUAGAGCACUUCCUAGCAUGCCAAGGCUAGGGUUCUAUUCCCAAGCACUAAAAUAAAAAUGCCAAUUAAAGGUGUAGUAACAUAAAGAUUUGGGUUCUGCAGUUUCAGAGUGGGGCCUGGCAUGUGUGAUUUGUUUUGAAACUUCUAGGAUUCCUCCUGUGCAGAAGGGUUGAUUGAGCCUUUUGGAUAAAGCUCACAAGGAACCCUUUGGAAGCUUAGUUAAAGGAAUGACCUACUGAGUUGUUUGUUUAGUAAUCAUUAGUGACAAAAUGAAACUGAUUACUAAUGCAGAUUAGGCCACUGUAAAACUUUUGUGCUCAUUUUGCAGAAUUCAAGGUUGUCUUCCAUAUGAAAAUAAAGAGACUUGAAGGAAAGAGGAGGGUGACUUGAGUAUAUGCAUAGAAGAAUUUCAAACUUGUCAUCUUUAUUCCCACUUGUGGGGAAGGAAGCUUUUGUCUUUGAGCUGCUGAGUAAUCCAACACAAAGGAUUCUAGGAAGCUGUCCUUUCAGUUCAGUAUGGAAUUAAAUUAAUAGUCCCUUUUUGUGGUCAGACUUUGUCUUGUUAGUCCACAUACCUUAUUCAACAGAAUAAGGGUAGGUCUAUUCACUGUCAAGGAAGGUUGUAGUCAUUCUAUUGUCACAUGUCAGCACUGGUACAGCUCUGAUAGAAGAUAAAAACCCACUCAUUCCUUUUCAUAAUGCUCCUGUGGGAACUACCUAGAAAGCCCAAGCUUUCUUAGAGAAGGAAUUCUGGCCCUUAAAGAAGGUUGUGUGUUUCUUUCUAGCAACACCGUAGAAAGGGCAUAUCAACUUCAAUCAUCCAGGGUACUUCCUAGAGUGACCAUGAUGCUUUGGAGCUAAACAAACCACACUAUGAUAUCAAAUGUCUCAUCAAGCAAGCAGCAAGGAAUACCCUGGGUUGGAUCCUCUAGACCUCCAAAUGCCUUGUGGUUCCAUAGAAAAAUAAGAUCUCUUUUGAAAGAAAAGAAAAAGUUCUCAUCUGUAUGUGAGCAAGUCCAUCCAGAGCAAAGACCAGUUCCUUCCAAAACAAAUGUCUGCUUCACAAUUCUCCACAGCCUUUCCCUUGACUUGUCUCCAGUGGAAGUGAACGUAAUUGUGUCAGAUAUUUAAUGUGAACCAUUGGUUCCCCGGUACAGAAACACCACUGAGAUCAGAGAACAGUUGAGCAAUUCACCAGAGGUACAGACCAUCCUCUUGUAAGCUGCCUGGUUCCCAGUAUGAGUUCUAAGAGAACUAAAAGUAGCCUAGAGCUGACAUCACCAUCCAUCUAAAAUGUCAUCUGCAGGGAGGGCACUUGAGUCUCACACCUGCCUUUUGAUAUUGACUCUUAAGUUGGGGCAGACCCUCUCCUGUGUGUUGAGUUAGAGCUCUUCUGUUGUUUUUUAAGUGAGACUCUGAUUUGCUAGCAUCAGCUGUUGUGUUCUGAGGCAGUAAGUUUGACUUAACUCUUAAACUCUACUGGCCAAGAGUUUAGUUUAGAAAGAACACAUCUGGAUGCUGCUUUUACAUCUUUGGUACCUAAAAUGACUCUACCCCUUUUUAAAACCUAGUUUGAACAAUCCAUAGAGAAGUAUCAUAGGAACGAGUGUCAAUUAGAUGUCAAACCAGAAAAGCAUUCCUUGACAACUCUUUCAAAACAGGACCUAAAAACAAACUUUUUUUUUGCCACAGUUUUUUUUUUUGUUUUUGUUUUUGCCAUACUAUUUUUUUGCUGAAUGUCAUUUAUUAAAGGAGGGAGGAGGUCUUAAAUACAGGCUUACAGCACAAUGGGAGAACCCCAGAGAGCAGAAGUUCGCUACCAAUGUUUUACAAUCUUGCAUCUAAGCUGUUAACGCCCAUUAUGCAGGAUACACAGACAAGAAACUUCGCUUAAGCAUUUAGGAGGGUGGAACCCGGCAGGGAAUUAGCAUAGGGAGGAUAUCAAGGUCAAGGUCAGCAAGCAAGGCAACAGUUACCCAAAACAGGGGGGGGGCAGGGCCCUACAGGUCCCCCUUUUACUAGAAAAUGAGCUUCUGACUUAGGUUGCGUGGGACGUCAGCAAGUCACCUUACCUGUAAAAACAAACUUUUUCCUGCUUUCAGUUUUUAUAGACAUUUGUCAGAUUAGCAGAUACAUCUUAUCACCAAGUGCUGGCAAAUUGUAAAGAGCAAAACUCAAGUUUUUGUGUUCAUUUUAUAUUCCAAAGCAGGGGAUGCUAUAACUGUGGCUCAUUUGGAACGUAUAGGCAGCCAUGUUUUGGACACUUAAGCCUUGGGGAUCAGUAAAAGGAGGGUCUAUCUGUUGUGCUGCUUUUUGAGAAGGCCUCAAGUGGAUAUGAGAAUACACAGCACAGGCCAUCAUCUUCUCAGAGCACCAUUAAAAGGGCACAAAAAAAAAAGAAGUGAA